UCACUCCUUUGAGAAGUCACUUCUACGAGGAAUAACGCAGGGGAAACAGACUAUCAAAAACAAGAGAUCCAACGUUAUGAAAAAAGUCAGUGAAAAAAACAAUCAUCAAUGGUUUUUCGAUUUCUUUAUAUCUUCAUGUAGAUUAUAUUUAGAAAUAUGGGAAUAUUUCUAAAUAUAAUAUAUGGGAAUAUUUGGAUGAGCGGGAGCGCAUAUAGCAACUCCGAGGGCAGCUUGGAAUCUAUCAUAUGUCACGCAUCACAAGACGAAUCGAGAAACGAGACGCAGAAACAACCUUGGAGCAAGGAGGAGAUCGAAGUAGCAUUAUCGAAACUUCCGGAAGGUGAGACAGCUUUAUGUGUGAUUCCUACUCUUCAUGGCGAUGCUCUACAAAAGGUUCUGGAAGAAUUUCAAUCUGUGACUAUCAACAAAAGUGAGGAUCGCAAGCAUAGCACAUCCUUGCCCACAGAUGAAAUUAAACAAAAGACUACAGUGGUUGACGAAAAUAGAGCAGCAAAUAUUACGAUUCGGGGACAGUUACUUGCAAAAUGGCCCAACACGUGUCUACUGAUUUCUAGCUGGCUGGGUCAUGUAGAAAUAGUUAAGGCUUUGUUAGAAAAAGGAGUGCCAGUUUCAACGAGGGACAAUGAUGGAAGGACACCGCUACAUCUGGCAGCGUGUACCAUGUCCACGAAGAUCGUAAAAGAGCUAUUGAAACAUGGUGCUGAUCCACGUAAGUGGGAUUUCGAGAAAAAAUACACCCCGUUGCAUUGCGCUGCCGCAGCUGGUUGCGUUGCUACUGUUACAUGCUUGAUCAAGUCAGGUGCAAAUGUGAAUGCUGGAAGAAGUCCACUUUACUACGCCGUGCUGAACAAUGCUGUGAAUUGCGUCGAAGCUCUACUGCAAGCAGGUGCUUCUCCUAAUAAUCCCCAGUUUUAUAGAAGGAUGCCUUUGCAUGUGGCGGCUAGUUUGGGCAAUGUUCACUGCAUCAAAUUACUAUUGGAUCACAGAGCGGAUGUGACAAUGGAAACAGAAAUCACGAAAUCGACGCCUCUACACUUGGCGGCGGAAAAUGGUAACGCGAAAUGCACUAGAUUACUGUUGAAAGCUGGCUCGAAAACUGAGACAAAAAACUCGAGUGGUCAAACGGCGAUGCACUUGGCAACGGUCGCCCAAUCUGUAAAGACGAUAGACAUGCUGAUUAGCGCUGAUGCAAAGGUGAAUGCAGAGGAUAAUGAAGGACGCACUCCUCUACAUGCUGCGGUUUCAAGUGCCCGGAACAGCAGCGCAGUGGUCAAGAUUUUAAUAAAAGCAGGCGCAUUAGUUAACAAGGCGGACAAAUUAGGUUACACGCCGAUGCACAUUGCGGCCAUGACCGAGAGCUCGCGUAUGGUGAUGAUGUUGUUGUCAAAAGGUGGCGACGUAACAGCGCGUACCAAAGACGGCGACACCGCUCUUAGCUUCAUCGUACGCCGUACUCCGAAGGUGUUAUCGCAAUUUAAGACUUGUCUCGAUCAAGCAGUCUCAUUAGACGAACUUAGCGAUAGGAACUAUAAAUUGCGAAUAGAUUUUCGACCAUUGGUUCCAUUGGACGGUCGCAGCGAAACGGACCUGAUGCUCUGUCUUGUGGAGGUCGAUCAAGGUCGCUUGAUAAAGCAUCCAUUAUGCGAAAGUUUUCUCCAUCUAAAAUGGAAGCGUAUUCGUAAGUUUUUCGUGCUCAAUUUUUUGUUUCAUUUAAUCUUUGUCGCUUUCUUUACCAGCUUCGUCUACACGACAUAUUCGACAUAUAAACAACUGAGCAGUGUUCUUUUCUGGCCAUUAUUAGGUUUUACUUGCAUACUCGCGAGUAAAGAGGUCUUUCAAAUUACCUAUGGUGGUAUUUGCUAUUAUAUUAAACGCUGGGAAAAUCUGCUACAGUGGAGCGUGAUCGUAGCAUCCAGCCUCAUACUGAUUUCGCCAGAACCAUGGCAACACAUUGCUGCCGUAGGCAUUCUGCUGGUCUGGAUCGAGCUGAUGAUUGUGAUCGGUUAUUUUCCUAUGUUUGGCCUUUAUGUACAAAUGUUUAAGCGAGUGUCCAUCAAUUUCUUCAAAUUUCUCACAGCCUACUUUUGUCUUAUAAUUGGCUUCUCUCUUAGCUUUAAUGUGCUGCACGGCAAAUACAAGUCCUUUGAGGAUCCGGUGAUCAGUAUGCUUAAGGUAAUAAUUAUGAUGUCCGGUGAGUUGGAAUUCGAGGACGCUUUCUUCGAUCUUAAGUAUCCUGGCACCGCGCAUGCUAUGCUUCUUUGCUUCGUUAUCCUGGUGACAAUGAUACUAAUGAAUCUAAUGAUUGGUCUGGCUGUGUCGGACAUCCAGGAUAUACGUACACGCGCGAGUCUCGAACAAUUGGUGCAUCACGUCGAGGUAAUAGGUCAUUUCGAAAAUAUGUUCUCUAAGUUGGUUGAUUACAUUCAUGCGUGUAAAAUAAUACAAGCGUGCAGAGAGAAAACAUUAGUGUUGCCGAAUCAUUGUGUCUUCCAUAUUCGGCCGAAUGAUCCGUGCGAAAAGCGUCUACCACCAGAGCUCAUUCACUCGUUGUAUUGUCUGGCCGGCGAGCAAAAUAUGCCACGACCGACUUUUUGCAGCAGCACAUCGUCGCGGAAACAUUCCGCCAUACCAAAACAUUCUGUCAUACGAAGACCGCAAAUAAACCGAAUCAUGCAAGACUCAGCAAGUUGCACAGCAAUGACAGUAAUCAACAGCUACCGGAUGAAUUCGUGGACUAGCUAAAGGAAUAUUUUCAUGACAGUAUCAAGUUGGAUAGCUUAACGAACAAGAUAGAGAGUAUCGUCCAAGAGCAGAUUUGACGAUACAUUUAUAACAUUAUUAACAUUGCCAAAUAUUCUAUAUUGUCGAACAUUUGAAUUGCUUUAAAAAAGCGAAACCGAGACUCGGAUGGUCUAUCGAAACAGGAUCUAAAAUUCAAGAUAGAACGCAAAGCUGUGAUAUACGCAAGCAACUAACACAUCGAAAAUAAAUGUCUUCAGAUGUAAAUUUUAACGACGUAAUUUGUGGCAAUCCAAAAACAAUUAUGGAUUUAACGAAUCAUGUCAUUUCCAAUAUG